CGCUCCCUGCUCGCUCUUCCCAUCCGGGGUUGUGGCGGUCUUCCGGGUGUUCCUGACAGGGUUUUCUACGCCGUUUUUUUGGCGACUUUUUGGUCUUCCGCUUCUUCCUACCGCCCCGAGCCUCCCGCACGCUUGCUAGCCCUGUCUUUUCUUGUGUGGCUCCUCCCCGGCCGCCGAGCCCCGGGUUUAGAUAGCAGUCGGGAUCCGGAGCCAGGCCUAGCCCUUCCGCAGGCCACUACCUGCUUUGGCUGGGGCGAGAGCUACAGCCGUGCGCGCCGGACCCUCGCUGCUCGGGCCUUGGAGCUCCUGGGCGGGCAGUGCCGGUAGGCCCUGCUUAGCCCUUCUCCAAGGACGCCUGUGAGUUAGGGGGUUUCGGAAAAGGACGCAACCGUGUAGGCCCAGGUCGGGGGCGGGGCUCGGGGAACUUUUCCUGAAACCGCACUGUUAUGUUUGCGUGGAAAGUUCCGGCGAUAUUUCUUAGAUGUCCCAGACUUAUGGGCGGCCCCCAGGCUGCAGCACUUUUUGAAGAAUCUUAGGACCGCUUACUUUUUCCGCUCGUUUCCCUUCUUCGCGCCCCGUUCUCAGUCUAGGACCAUAAGAGGAAGACUGUCUUGGGACCCCUGCAUGGUGUUUCAAACGGUGGUGAAAAACUAAGGUAGAAGAAUACAUGUUCACUUUUAGUGAACAAGAGCAUGUUCCCAAACUCAAUUUUGGGUCGCCCGCCUUUCACCCCAAACCAUCAACAACAUAAUAACUUCUUCGCCCUGUCACCAACUCUUUAUUCACACCAGCAGCUUAUAGAUGCACAGUUCAACUUUCAGAAUACAGACUUGUCAAGAGCUGUGUCUUUACAGCAGUUGACAUAUGGAAAUGUCAGUCCAAUACAGACCUCAACAUCUCCAUUAUUUCGGGGAAGGAAAUUAAGCGAUGAAAAAAACCUUCCUCUUGACGGUAAACGGCAACGUUUCCAUUCACCCCACCAAGAGCCAACUAUAGUUAACCACAUAGUGCCUUUAUCAGGUGAAAGAAGAUACUCAAUGCCGCCAUUGUUUCAUACACACUAUGUACCAGAUAUAGUCAGAUGUGUUCCACCUUUUCGAGAAAUACCAUUUUUAGAACCUAGAGAAAUCACACUGCCUGAGGCCAAAGAUAAGUUGAGUCAGCAGAUACUGGAGUUAUUUGAAGCAUGUCAGCAGCAAGUAAGUGAUUUAAAGAAGAAAGAACUGUGUCGAACACAGCUGCAGAGAGAAAUUCAGCUGUUAUUUCCACAAAGCAGACUUUUUUUGGUUGGGUCCUCUUUGAAUGGAUUUGGUACCCGGAGCAGUGAUGGUGAUUUAUGCCUAGUUGUUAAAGAAGAACCAUGUUUUUUUCAGGUAAAUCAGAAGACUGAAGCACGGCAUAUACUCACCUUAGUCCAUAAACACUUCUGUACUAGACUUUCUGGCUACAUUGAGAGACCUCAGCUGAUUCGAGCAAAAGUGCCAAUUGUGAAGUUCAGGGAUAAAGUCAGUUGUGUGGAAUUCGACUUGAAUGUAAACAAUAUUGUUGGAAUAAGAAACACAUUCCUUCUCAGAACUUAUGCAUACCUUGAAAAUCGAGUUCGUCCAUUAGUACUGGUGAUUAAGAAGUGGGCGAGUCACCAUGAGAUAAAUGAUGCCAGUCGUGGUACUUUAAGCAGCUAUAGUCUUGUAUUGAUGGUUUUGCACUAUUUACAAACCCUACCUGAACCCAUCCUUCCAUCCAUCCAAAAAAUUUACCCAGAAUCUUUUAGUCCUGCUGUACAGCUGCACCUUGUACAUCAAGCUCCAUGUAAUGUUCCUCCUUACCUCUCGAAGAAUGAAUCAAAUCUUGGGGACCUCUUACUGGGCUUUCUUAAAUAUUAUGCUACAGAAUUUGACUGGAACAGUCAAAUGAUUUCAGUUCGUGAAGCCAAAGCCAUUCCCAGGCCUGAUGGUAUUGAAUGGAGAAAUAAAUACAUCUGCGUAGAAGAACCUUUUGAUGGAACAAAUACAGCCAGAGCUGUGCAUGAAAAGCAGAAAUUUGACAUGAUCAAGGAUCAAUUUUUAAAGUCGUGGCACAGAUUGAAAAACAAAAGAGAUUUGAACAGUAUACUACCUUUAAGAGCUGCUAUCCUGAAAAGAUAACUGGCCUGUAUUUCUUAAUAAAAUCUUCUGAGAAAUAAAGAACAAUAGUAACAUCA